GAUGAUAUUGUCGGAGCGUCCUCACGUCGUAACUAUCGGAAACUAAACAAUAAUUUUUAUAAAUUGUUUAUAUUUUUUUUUAAUAAUUGUUAACGUUCAUAAUAUUCAACUAUUAAGUAUAAAGAUAAUCGUAUCCAGCAUGGAACAUAACAGAAGUAUUCCUAAUCAUUCAAUGAAAUCAAAGUGAGUAAUUAAUGUAUUAAUUAUUGUGAUUUUUAUUAUUAAUCAUUAAUGUUAAUAACCUCUGUUAUACCGUAUAUUUCAUGCUACCUCCCUAUACUUGUGGAUGGCAAAAAGCUUUUUAUGUACACACGUGUAAUGCAAAUGAUCUUCGGCCUCAUGAUAGGUCUUUUCUGUUUGGUACGUUGAGGCGAAUCCCUGUGAUUGUUUCUCAAUAUUUCUAAAUAUGUUAAAACUAUUUUAUACUGUCUUACUAUUUAUUUAUUAAUUUUUUUUUUUUUAAUACAAUUUUUAUCAUAAUUAUUUUUAACUUUUGGUUAGUUAAUGAGAUUAUUAUUUUUAAAUGUAUGCCAAGUAUUCUAUAUUUCAAUAAGAAAACUAAUUAAUAUUAAACCUAUACAGAUUUUUUUCAGUCAAAACAAACAGUAAUAAUAAUUUUUCUAUUUGGUAAAAUCAACUAACAACUAAAUUAUUUAUAUCGAGAUUUACAUACAUGUAAUGUCUUUGACAUAACCUAGCCAACAAUAUUAUAAAUAUUCCAUGCAUUUGUUAUGUUUUAAGAUUUAUUAUAUUAUAUAUUCUGUGGCACAUUUCACACAUGUUUCUUCUUUUUCAUUAAAAUAUAAUGUUUUGUGAGUAAUAAAGUCUUUUUACUCUACCGUGAAAAAUUGCUAUUUUUUUCCUUUACUUUAUAAGUUGUUGGGUCACGCCGACCCAGACAUUACAAUACAAUACUUUACUGGUAGAAAAACUAUUUUACAUUAAAUAUUAUAACAAAAAUCCAAUAUACUUUCAUGUUGUAAUACAAGCAGAUUUCAUUAAAAAAAUUAUAUUAAUACCUAUCUUAAAAUUUAAGGAUUACCUCGGUCACAACAUCCUUUUAUGUCAAAUUUCGAUGAAAAUCAUAAAAAUCAAACUAUAUUUAUCCAAGUUUCACUCAGAAUUGUAUUUUAUCAACAAUGAUUUAUAAUUGUUACAGAUAUUAAUUGAAUUAUUAUUCCGCCUUUCUAAAUUUUAUUUUAUUUAUUUAUUAAUUUAGCUAAUUAACGCCAGUCCGGUAGUUACAUAGUAAGUAUAGUAAACUUGACAAGUUACAUUUUAACAAAUUAAUUAUAAUAACAAUAUAACGAGAACAGUAAAAAUAAAAACAUUUUACAACAAAAAAGAGACACAGUGUUAGAGUUUUAUAUAUUAUUACUAUUAUUAUUAUUAUUAUUAUUAUAUAAUAUAUAUAAUAAUAUAUAAUUUAUAGGCAUUAUAAUAUUAUAAUUUUAUUUUUUAAAAAUUUCAUUAAUUAUUAGAUUUUUUCAGAAUUAUAAGAAUUAUUUUAAAUUUAUUACCUUAUUUGUUUUUUGUAAAAAAAAAAAAUUAAUAUUAUAUGAAUUAGAUAUAUUUAUAGAAAUGGAAACCAAUUUUUUAGGUUAAUUAUUUAAAUAAUACCACGUUAAUUAUUACCACAGGGUGUGAAAUGGGUGAAUGCAUCACUAAUUAUGUACUAUAUUAAAUAUAUUGCACAUUAUAUUAAGGUAAAUAUUAUAUUGUAUUCUAAUACAGUCAACUCACGAUAUUACAAAUGUCAAGGGACUGAGCAAAAAGAUUGAUAUAUCGAAAUUUUGUUAUAUCAAAAUCAUAAAUCAACAAAAUUCGUUUAAACAAGAUUUAAAAAAAAAUUCAAAAUUUGUUUUAGGUUAUUAUAAUUACAUACAUAUUAGAUAUUAUUACAAUUUUAUUAAAUACAUAUAUAAGUAUAUGAGUUAUUAUUUAUUAAUUAAUUAAAAUUAAUUUUUUUACAUACAUAUUUAUUUUUUGUGUGUAGCCACUUGCGUUUACCUGGUCAAUAGUGUUGUCCAAAUUCAAAAUGCUAAAAAACAAACUUGUAAUAUUCGUAAUAUCAAGCUUCAAAACUGCAAAACUUAGUUACAUUGUGAGAGCUUUGGCCAAAAAAUCUUCGUUAUAUAGAGGGAACAAAAAUACAUUCAAUUUUUUUUUAUAUCUCAAGAUUUUCUAGGGAAUGAUAGUAUUAUAUGCUAUAUUGAGAUUUUCGUUACAUCAUAAGUUGACUGUAUUUGUAAAUUCAAGAUUAUGUAACACUUCUUGUAUAAUACAUAAUAGUAAAAUAAAUUGUUUAAACAAUAUAAACUAAAUAAAAAUGUAAAUUACUAAAAAAUAUUAAUUAUUAUUAGUUUCAUUUUGUACCAUCAUCAGUUUACUGAUAAAACAUUGUAGAAUAGUUUACAAAUAGGUAUUUGAAAAGAAACAAAAUAAAUUAUAAAUAUAAACAAAUUAUCACAUUUAAAUUAAAAGAAAAAACUAAAUUUACAGGUAUGUUUAUAUAUAGAAUUGGUAAUGUAAGUUUUUUUUGAUUUUGUUUUAUUUGUUGUUUGAUUUAUUGUUACUUUCAGUAGAGAAACUAAAUUAUAUGCUUUUUUUCUAUAUAUACCCGCCAGUAUUGAAUAUGAUUUUUGUUACCUAUAUUACUAAUAUUCGCACUAUUUUUAAUACAUAUAUUUUAUUUUAUUGUGUUGUGUAAGUUAGUUAAUGUUAUUAAAAUUAAUGAUACUUUUUUUUUUUAGGCACACUGAAGAAAUAGAACAAUUAAAUAUCUACAUAAAAAAAGAAAUUGAUAUAAUUGAUGAUUGUAUUUUUCAAAGCGAAAUUACUAUUGAAAAUGAUUCCAAAUUUUUAUAUGAAAAAUUAGAAUUUGUAGAAAAGUAUAAUAGUUCACCUACUUCAGAAUCAAGCUUCACACCAUCUAUAAUAAAAAAUGUUGAGGAAAACCAAAAAAAGCCGCACAAAUGCUAUAAAUGUAAUAAAUGUAAUAAAUCAUUUAAUCGUGCAUGCACAUUCAAAUCUCAUAUGGAAACUCACACUGAAGACAAAAAGUUAUACCCAUGCAAAGAAUGUAACAAAUCAUUUUAUACCUUAACUGUUUUAAAAAACCAUAGUAUAAAAGUUCAUGGUAGAGAACUUCAUUAUAAAUGUCAAGUUUGUAAUAGAGCCUUUACUAAUGCUGGUUUUCUUAAUAAUCAUUUAAAAACUCACAAUCCACAGGAAGAUUUGAAAUGCAAGAAAUGUAAUAAACAGUUUUCAACAAAAUAUAAAUUAUUUAUGCAUAUAAAACCUUUCAAUUGUACCAUGUGUGAAAAAACAUUUGGACAAAAAUAUGAUUUAACUGCACACUUAAGGACUCAUACCAGUCAGAAAUCCUUUAAAUGUGAUGUUUGUGAAAAAUCAUUUAAUGAAUUAGGCAAUUUAAAGAGUCAUAUGUUAACUCAUAAUGAAGAAAAACCAUUUAAAUGUAUUAUAUGUAAUAAGGUAUUUUCUCGAGUAUCCAAUUUAAACAAACAUAAAAGAACUCAUGAUGGGGAACGACCUUACCAAUGUGAUGUCUGUAAGAAGAAAUUUUCUCAGUCAGGACAUUUGAAUAUCCAUAAAAGAAUUCAUACUGGAUACAAGCCUUACUCAUGUGAUAUAUGUAAAAAAAAAUUCAAUGUACCUCACAAUUUACAGAGUCAUAUGAAUGUUCAUACAAAUGGUAAAAAUGUUAAAUGCAAUGUAUGCAUGAAAUUAUUUCGCAGUAUAAAAACUUUGAAAAUACAUAGUAGGAUUCAUACUGGAGAAAAACCCUAUAAUUGCAAUGUUUGUAAAAAAUCAUUUAAUCAACAAGGCAAUUUAUUUAUUCAUAAUUUAAUUCACACUGGAGAAAAGCCUUAUCAAUGUGAUGUGUGUAAGAAAUUAUUUCGAAAAAAAUCUCAUAUAAAGUCACAUUUGCUAACUCAUUCGAAAAAUAAAUCUCAUUAAUUUUACAUUUAUUAAUUAUAAGUUAUAAUAAUUUUUUUAGAUUUCAUUAACAAACCUAAUAAAAAAUAAUUGUUUAAUUUAAAAUAAAGCAAGCUGUGAAUAGUGAUGUAAUGAAGAUUCCCUAAUGAAAUUCCUAGUCAUAGAAAUGUGUGAAAAAGGGAAGACGGAAAUAGGGUUUGAAUUAUAUACUUGUUUUAUAACCUACCUAUUUGAUUUUGUCACAUUACAUAAAACCAACUUGACUUAAUUUUAGAGAUAGCUUAUUUAAGUAAAAGCAGUAGUAGUGAUGAAGAAGUAGUAGAAAGAGUUUUUUAUUUUCUAACAUUUUUUUUUUUGUCUAAUAACCAUGUUAAUUAGAAAUUCUAAUUUGCAAUCAAUAAAAUUGGUAAAACACUAAUUUUGUUAUAAAAUUCAUUGUGAAUAAUAAAAAAGAUGGACUUACAUUGUAUAAUGAGAGCAUCCAUUGUCGUUGAUGAGAAAAACCGAAAAAAAAACCAUGGGAAAACUACCGAUUAUAUAGUACCGAAUAUUAAACAAAUAUUAUUAAAGAAAAUAACUCAUGUAUAUAUAAUUAUUUUACCAUAAUAUAACAUAUUGUUAUAUUGUUAGCAAUGCUUAAUUGUUUUGUACAGAUGUAUAUUAAAUUUCCCAUUUACCUUUCCAAUUUUUCACCUACAACAGUGGCUCACCUAUCAUGCAAAGUAUGUCUGUAUCUUUUUUUUUUAAAGACUGUAUUGUAAAUAUAGUACCUACUUUAAAGGCGUUAUUUUAUAUUUUCUUUGAAGGACUAAAUUAGUAUAUUUAUUUAACAAUUUAUAGGUCUAUGAAUUAAACAUCGAUAAUAAAAAUACCUUAAAUCUGUUCUUUUUCACAAUCUUUGAAAUAAUAUGUCAUAACUGUCAAUGUUACGAAUCAUUUUGCUGUUACUUUAAAUUUUUAUUAAAAAUGCCUUAGAAUUUUUUUUCUCCAUUAAUAAAAAAUUUUUAAAAAAAGCUGAUUCUUGGGAUGAGUGUUCCACUGUUGUAUGUUGGAAUUCGGGAGGGUAGGAUACAUAAGGUUAUUUAAUUUAUACCUGUAAGCAACAAUAAACCAUUAAUGAAAAAUGAUUCGGAGCGAAAUUCCGUUAUACAUGUAUUGAAAAGACGUAAUGAAAAUUUUACUACAACUAGAAAAAGUAAUUAUAAGUUUUUGUCAAAAUUUCAAGUUUUUACAAAUAUUUUCAACUGAAUUACAACACAAAAACAAAAUUGAAAAUAAUAAAAGAAUUAUUCGUAGGAAUAAUCGCUUAUUCAUCAUGGUAAAACGAAUCACCCAGUAUUUGAAAUUUUGUACAUAUUGUACUUAGAUAAAAA